UGCCCACACAUUCUCUCUCUCCUUCCAGCCAUUCCCCCUCUCAUUAAUAACACUGCUGGAUUCCUCAGCCCCUCAGCAUCAGGGGGACACCCUGGAAGAGAAGCCGAGCCGCAGGGAGUGCAUGCCCCUCACCUGGCGCCCCCCAUUCCCUCUCAGCCAUUGCGGGUGACCUGAUUCCUCAUUUCCCUGCUGGCUGCCGGAGACUAGAUAGCAAACCGUGGAGGAGGGAGGCUGGCAGGCUGAGACAUAGGCACCCCCUCCCCUCCAUCUCCUGAGCCCCCCGCUUGUGCCUGGCCCCAUAAUGCCGCCUCUCAGGACAGAUGUGCCAGUGCUUGUGGUCCUGGGAUUGCUGAGCUGUGCCCUGCACGUCCAUGCCACCUCUGUCAGUGAUGCUCCAAAAACCUGUAGCCCUAAACAUUUUGCCUGCAAGGACCAGGUAACGUGCAUAUCAAAAGGUUGGCGGUGUGAUGGCGAGAAGGAUUGUCCUGAUGGAUCUGAUGAAGCUCCUGAGAUAUGUCCACAAAACAAAAUUUCGAAAUGCCAACCGAACGAACAUAACUGCUUGGGUACAGAAAUCUGUAUGCCAAUGAAUAAGCUAUGUAAUGGUCAUCCAGACUGUCCAGAUCGCUCAGAUGAAGGAUCCUUCUGUAGGGAAUAUGCUCACAACUGCACCGUAUCAGGGUGUCAGCACCACUGCGCACGUACCUCCAAUGGGCCUGUAUGCUACUGUAACUCCUCUUUCCAGCUCACCGAAGAUGGCAAGACUUGCAAAGACUUUGAUGAGUGCACGCUGUAUGGGACAUGCAGUCAGACAUGCCAGAACACGGAAGGGUCUUACACCUGUGGAUGUGUAGAGGGCUAUCUGCUACAGCCUGACAACAAGUCCUGCAAAGCAAAGAACCAGCCAGUAGAAAGACCUACAGUUCUGCUUAUUGCCAGCACACAAAACAUCUUGGCCACAUACUUGAAUGGAGCACCGGUGCUAGGUAUUAACCCAACCAGCACCAAGCAGACAACAGCGAUGGACUUUAACUAUGCUGAAGAGACCGUGUGCUGGAUCAACAUGGGGGACAGCCCGGCCCAAACAACAUUAAACUGCGCCAAGAUUCCGAACCUGAAGGGAUUUACGGAGGAACGCACCAUCAACAUUUCACUAAGUCUACAACAUGUAGAACAGAUGGCCAUAGACUGGCUGACCGGCAACUUCUACUUUGUUGAUGACAUCGAUGACCGAAUCUUUGUUUGCAAUAAAAAUGGUGACACCUGUGUCACCCUUCUUGAUCGGGAACUGUAUAAUCCUAAGGGUAUUGCACUGGAUCCAACUGUGGGGAAGGUAUUUUUCACGGAUUACGGUCAGAUCCCGAAAGUGGAGAGGUGUGAUAUGGAUGGCCACAACAGAACAAAGCUGGUGGACAGCAAGAUUGUCUUCCCACAUGGCAUCACCUUAGAUCUGGUGAAUCGUCUGGUGUACUGGGCAGAUGCCUACCUGGAUUAUAUCGAAGUGGUGGACUAUGAAGGCAAGAACAGGCACACCAUUAUCCAGGGCCUGCUGAUUGAACAUUUAUAUGGCCUUACUGUUUUUGAGAACUAUUUGUAUGCCACAAAUACAGACCAUGCCAACGCUCAACAAAAAACUAGUGUGAUUCGUGUGAACCGAUUCAACAGUUCAGAGCACCAGGUAGUGACCAGGGUGGACAAAGGUGGCGCUCUUCACAUUUAUCACCAACGCAGACAGCCAACCGUCCGGAGCCACGCCUGUGAACUGGAUCAGUAUAAGAAGCCCGGAGGAUGCUCCGAUAUCUGUCUUCUUGGCAGCAAUCACAAAACUAGAACAUGUCGCUGCCGAUCUGGGUUCAGUCUUGGCAGUGAUGGCAAGUCAUGCAAAAAGCCAGAACAUGAGCUCUUCCUGGUUUAUGGCAGAGGACGCCCAGGCAUCAUCAGAGGGAUGGAUAUGGGAGCCAAUAUUCCAGACGAACACAUGAUACCUAUCGAGAACUUAAUGAACCCUCGAGCCCUGGACUUCCACGCAGAGUAUGGGUUCAUGUACUUUGCAGACACCACAAGCUUUUUGAUAGGAAGACAGAAGAUUGAUGGAACUGGGCGGGAAAACAUUCUCCAAGAAGGUAUCCACAAUGUAGAAGGUGUUGCCGUAGAUUGGAUGGGAAACAAUCUGUACUGGACAGAUGAUGGCCCAAAGAAGACCAUUAGUGUGGCCCGCUUAGAAAAGGCAUCUCAAACGAGGAAGACUUUAAUAGAGGGAAUGAUGACUCAUCCUAGAGCCAUUGUGGUUGAUCCACUGAAUGGGUGGAUGUACUGGACUGAUUGGGAAGAAGAUCCUAAAGAUAGCAAACGUGGGAAGAUCGAAAGAGCAUGGAUGGAUGGCUCUAACCGGAACAUCUUUGUUACAUCGAAGGCUGUUCUCUGGCCUAAUGGACUGAGCAUAGACAUUCCAAGAGAAAUUCUGUACUGGGUAGAUGCUUUUUAUGACCGUAUUGAAAUGGUGUACCUCAAUGGCACUGGUCGCAAGGCGGUAUAUGAAGGUCCAGAGCUAAAUCAUGCUUUUGGUCUAUGCCACUAUGGUAACUUCCUCUUCUGGACGGAGUACAGGAGCGGUAGCAUUUACCGGUUAGAUCAAGCUUCAAAAACAGUCACUUUACUGAGGAACGAGAGACCACCAAUCUUUGAAAUCCGAAUGUACGAUGCUCAGCAGCAGCAGGUGGGCUCCAAUGCUUGCCGUGUAAAUAAUGGCGGAUGUAGUAGCCUUUGCUUGGCGGUGCCGGGGGGCAGACAAUGCGCUUGUGCGGAAGACCAGAUUCUGGAUGGUGACAAUGUCACCUGUAAAGCCAAUCCAUCAUAUAUCCCUCCUCCUCAAUGUCAGCCUGGGGAGUUUGCCUGCAAGAACAGCCGCUGUAUCCAGGAACGCUGGAAGUGUGAUGGAGACAAUGAUUGUCUAGACAACAGUGACGAAGCUCCUGAUCUAUGCCAUCAACACACUUGUCCAUCUGAUCGAUUCAAGUGUGAGAAUAACAGAUGCAUCCCCAACCGCUGGCUGUGUGAUGGCGACAAUGACUGUGGCAAUGGAGAAGAUGAAUCCAACUCUACGUGUUCAGCCCGUACCUGCCCUCCUAACCAGUUCUCCUGUGCUAGCGGUCGUUGUAUCCCAACUUCUUGGACUUGUGAUUUAGACGAUGACUGUGGUGACCGUUCCGAUGAAUCCUCUUCAUGUGCCUAUCCGACUUGUUUCCCGCUUACUCAGUUCACCUGCGCCAAUGGCCGCUGUAUCAACAUCAACUGGCGCUGUGAUAAUGACAAUGACUGCGGAGACAACAGUGAUGAGGACGGCUGCAGCCACUCCUGCUCUAGCACCCAGUUCAAAUGUAAUAGCGGCCGCUGCAUCCCAGAGCACUGGACGUGUGACGGGGACAACGACUGCGGGGACUACAGUGACGAGACACACGCUAACUGCACAAACCAAGCUACUCGACCCCCUGGCGGUUGCCAUGUUGAUGAGUUCCAGUGUCGGGUGGAUGGCCUGUGCAUCCAUAGCCGCUGGCGCUGUGAUGGAGACACGGACUGUAUGGACACAAGUGACGAGAAGAACUGCGAUGGCGUGACACACGCGUGUGACCCCAAUGUCAAGUUUGGCUGCAAAGACUCUGCUAGGUGCAUCAGCAAAGCCUGGGUGUGUGAUGGCGAUACCGACUGUGAAGAUCACUCCGAUGAAGAGAACUGUGAUAUGCUGGUGUGUAAGCCUCCAUCUCACACGUGUGCACAUAACACCUCCAUCUGUCUGCCUCCUGAAAAGCUGUGUAAUGGCAUUAACGACUGUGGAGAUGACUCCGAUGAAGGGGAACUUUGCGAUCAAUGCUCGUUGAACAAUGGUGGAUGUAGCCACAACUGUACUGUGGCCCCUGGAGAAGGCAUUGUGUGUUCCUGUCCAUUGGGAAUGGAAACCGGUCCCGAUAACAAGACGUGUCAGAUCCAGAAUUACUGUCCCAAGCAUCUCGGCUGCAGCCAGCGGUGUGAGCAGGAGAAGUUUAUCGUCAAGUGCUCUUGUUACGAAGGCUGGGUCCUGGAGCCCGACCAGGACACCUGCAAGAGUUUAGAUCCCUUUAAACCAUUUAUCAUAUUUUCAAACCGCCAUGAAAUCCGCCGGAUCGAUCUCAAUAAGGGCGAUUACAGCGUCCUUGUGCCAGGAUUGAGGAACACCAUUGCCCUAGAUUUCCACCUAAACCAAAGCACCCUCUACUGGACUGAUGUAGUAGAGGACAAAAUAUAUCGUGGGAAGUUGUCUGAAAGUGGUGCUCUUACCAGCUUUGAGGUCAUCAUCCAGUAUGGCCUGGCAACCCCUGAAGGCCUGGCUGUAGAUUGGAUUGCUGGAAAUAUUUACUGGGUAGAAAGCAACUUGGAUCAGAUUGAGGUGGCUAAGUUAGAUGGUACGAUGAGGACAACGCUUCUGGCUGGUGACAUUGAACACCCUCGUGCCAUUGCCCUAGAUCCUCGUAAUGGUAUCCUCUUCUGGACAGACUGGGAUUCUAGCAUGCCACGCAUAGAAGCAGCUUCGAUGAGUGGGGAGGGACGUAGGACUAUUCAUAAAGAAACCGGAUCAGGAGGGUGGCCAAAUGGUCUUACUUUAGACUACUUAGAAGAGCGCAUUCUUUGGAUCGAUGCCAGAUCAGAUGCAAUUUACUCGGCAAAGUAUGAUGGUUCAGGACACAUUGAAGUACUGAAAGGCCACGAAUACUUAUCUCAUCCUUUUGCUGUCACACUAUAUGGUGGGGAAGUUUACUGGACUGACUGGAGGACAAACACCUUGGCAAAAGCAAAUAAAUGGACUGGUCACAAUGUAACUGUGGUACAGCGUACCAACACUCAACCCUUUGACCUUCAGGUUUAUCACCCCUCACGCCAACCCCUAGCUCCAAACCCGUGUGCAGCAAAUGACGGAAAAGGACCCUGCAGCCACUUGUGCCUUAUUAACUACAACCAGACGUUCUCCUGUGCUUGCCCUCAUCUCAUGAGGUUGUCUCCAGACAAGAAGACCUGCCUUGAAUCCAGAAAAUUCCUGUUGUAUGCUCGCCAGAUGGAAAUCCGUGGAGUUGACAUUGAUAACCCAUAUUACAACUACAUCAUCUCUUUCACUGUCCCGGAUAUAGACAAUGUCACUGUAGUAGAUUAUGAUGCCAUAGAGCAACGCAUCUACUGGUCGGAUGUCCGCACACAAACCAUCAAGAGAGCUUUCAUCAAUGGCACUGGAGUAGAGACCGUGGUGUCUGCUGACUUGCCAAAUGCUCAAGGAUUGAGUGUCGACUGGGUGUCUAGGAACCUCUUUUGGACAAGUUAUGAUGCUAAUAAAAAGCAAAUCAAUGUGGCUCGCCUGGAUGGGUCUUUCAAGAAUGCAGUCAUCCAGGGCUUAGACAAACCCCACUGCCUUGUGGUGAAUCCAUUGGAAGGGAAGCUCUACUGGACAGAUGGUGACAACAUCAGCAUAGCUAAUAUGGAUGGCACAGAGCGACAAGUCCUCUUUACUGGACAGAAGGGACCAGUUGGUUUAUCAAUCGAUUAUGCAGAAAAAAAACUUUAUUGGAUCAAUUCUGGGGCUGGAACCAUCAAUAGAUGUAAUCUCAGUGGAAAUGUACUGGAAGUGCUUCUUACUAUGAAAACCUACCUCGGGAAGGCGACGGCACUGGCUAUAAUGGGUGACAAACUAUGGUGGGCAGACCAUGCUUCUGACAAAAUGGGAACCUGCAAUAAGAAGGAUGGGUCAGAUCCCAAAGUCUUGCGGCAGAACACCAAUCAAGUCAUGCACAUGAAGGUUUAUGAUGAGGAGAUCCAGAAAGGAACCAACAACUGCUCCGUCAAUAAUGGAGAUUGUUCCCAGCUGUGCCUUCCUACCUCCGCCACGACAAGAUCCUGUAUGUGCACUGCCGGCUAUAGCCUGAGGACUGGACAGCAGACGUGCGAGGGAGUUGGCUCCUUCUUGCUGUACUCUGUACAUGAAGGGAUACGAGGCAUUCCUCUGGAUCCAGCAGAUAAAUCUGAUGCUCUGGUUCCAGUCUCUGGUACAUCUCUGGCUGUUGGGAUGGACUUCCAUGCUGAAAAUGACACAAUCUACUGGGUGGACAUGGGACUCAGCACCAUCAGUAGAGCCAAAAGAGACCAGACCUGGCGAGAAGACGUGGUCACUAAUGGCAUUGGCAGAGUGGAGGGGAUCGCAGUGGACUGGAUAGCAGGCAACAUCUACUGGACAGAUCAAGGAUUUGACGUUAUUGAGGUGGCUCGUCUAAAUGGCUCCUUCCGUUAUGUUGUCAUAUCCAAAGGACUGGACAAGCCCCGGGCCAUUACUGUGCAUCCAGAGAGAGGGUAUCUGUUUUGGACAGAAUGGGGUCAGUUCCCUCGCAUUGAAAGGUCAUACCUAGAUGGAAGCGGAAGAACUGUCCUGGUAGAUGUCAGCAUCAGUUGGCCCAAUGGUGUCUCAAUAGAUUAUGAGGAAGGAAAGCUGUACUGGUGUGAUGCUCGCACUGAUAAAAUUGAGAGAAUCGAUUUGGAAACUGGGAAGAACAGAGAGGUUGUGCUGUCCAACAACAACAUGGACAUGUUCUCGGUGUCUGUCUUUGAAGAUUACAUCUACUGGAGUGACAGGACUCAUGCUAAUGGCUCUAUUAAGAGAGGAAACAAAGACAACGCCACCGAAUCUGUAUCCUUGAGAACUGGAAUUGGAGUACAGCUAAAAGACAUCAAGGUGUUCAACAAAAACCGACAGAAGGGGACCAAUGUGUGUGCUGAAAACAAUGGUGGCUGCCAACAGUUGUGCUUGUACCGAGGUGGAGGUCAACGUACUUGUGCCUGCGCCCAUGGCAUGCUUGCAGAAAACGGUGUAAGCUGUCGGGAGUAUGACGGUUAUCUCUUGUACUCAGAGCGCACUAUUCUUAAAAGCAUACAUCUAUCUGAUGAAAGUAGCCUUAAUGCCCCAGUAAAACCCUUUGAAGACCAUGAUCACAUGAAGAACGUCAUUGCCUUGGCGUUUGAUUAUCGGGAGAGUGACAAAGGAGGAACACGUAUCUUCUACAGUGAUAUCCAUUUUGGGAACAUCCAGCAGAUCAACAAUGAUGGCACAGGACGAAAGACUGUAGUGGAGAAUGUGGGUUCUGUGGAGGGGCUGGCAUACCAUCGUGGCUGGGACACCCUGUACUGGACCAGUUACACCACUUCUACAAUCACUCGUCACACUGUUGACCAAAGCCGUUUUGGGGCUUUUGAGAGGGAGACCGUAGUCACCAUGUCUGGAGAUGACCAUCCUCGUGCCUUUGUUCUGGAUGAAUGUCAAAACUUUAUGUUCUGGACCAACUGGAACGAGCAGCACCCCAGUAUUAUGAGGUCUACACUUUCAGGCAACAAUGUGCUGAUAAUCAUUGACCGAGACAUCCGCACACCUAAUGGACUGGCAAUUGACCACAGGGCAGAGAAACUGUACUUCUCAGAUGCCACCCUUGACAAGAUUGAGCGCUGUGAAUAUGAUGGAACCCACAGACAUUGGAUAUUAAAGUCUGAUCCAGUCCACCCCUUUGGUCUUGCUGUGUAUGGUGACUACAUCUUCUGGACAGACUGGGUUAGACGAGCAGUUCAGCGUGCAAAUAAAUAUGAUGGCUCAGACCUAAAACUCCUAAGAGGCGACAUCCCGCAGCAGCCCAUGGGCAUUAUUGCUGUGGCGAAUGAUACCAACAGCUGCGAGUUAUCCCCAUGCAACAACAACAGUAUAUGUCAAGACCUCUGCCUUAUCACUGCCGACGGGAGGAUGAACUGCUCCUGCAGAGGCGACCGGAUUCUGCAGGAUGAUUUCACAUGCAAAGCCCAGAACUCCACCUGCAAUCCUCAUGAUGAGUUUGAGUGUGGUAAUGGAGACUGCAUAAACUACAGCCUGACCUGUGACACCGUGGCCCACUGUAAAGACAAGGCGGAUGAGAAGCACUCCUACUGUGCUAAUCGCCGAUGCAAGAAGGGUUUCCGCCACUGUCUGAAUGGACGUUGCAUCUCCACUGCCAACUGGUGCAACGGUCUGGACGACUGCGGUGACAAUUCGGAUGAGGUAUCUUGCAACAAAACCUCAUGUGCCCCAGAAGACUUCCGCUGCCGGGAUGGAAGCUGUAUUAAUAACUCAAGUCGUUGCAACCAGCUUCUUGACUGUGAUGAUGCCUCCGAUGAGAUGAACUGCAAUGUCACUGACUGCAGCAGUUUCUUUAAAUUGGGCGUCAAAGGACUAACAUUCCAAAAGUGUGAGAAGACCUCUCUCUGCUACAGCCCCACCUGGGUCUGUGAUGGGUCAAAUGACUGUGGUGACUUCACAGACGAGAUGAACUGCCCAGGUAUUCGCAAGCCACGGUGUCCAGUGAAUUAUUUUGCCUGUCCAAGUGGCCGCUGCAUUCCUAUGAGCUGGACUUGUGAUAAGGAGAAUGACUGUGACAAUGGAGAGGAUGAAACGCAUUGCGACAAGUUUUGCACCUCUAUGCAGUUCGAGUGCAAUAACCACCGUUGUAUCUCUAAACACUGGGUGUGCGAUGGAUCCGACGACUGUGGGGAUAAAUCUGAUGAGGAUAUCCGAUGCCAAUCUGCUACAUGCAGUCCUGAAGCCUUCCAGUGCCCCAGUACCCAUGUGUGUGUACCUCGCCGCUGGCUGUGUGAUGGAGAUAAAGACUGCCAAGAUGGAGCAGAUGAAAGCGUCCAUGCUGGCUGUGUUUUCAACAAUACUUGUGACUCCAAAGAAUUCAUGUGUCAGAAUCAGCAGUGUAUCCCCAAGCAGUUUGUGUGUGACCACGAUGCCGACUGCAGUGACGGAUCCGAUGAGUCUCCGGAGUGUGAGUACCCAACCUGUGGCCCUGACGAGUUCCAGUGUGCUAAUGGCCGCUGCUUACUGAACAAACAGUGGGAAUGUGAUGGAGAAUUUGACUGCCACGACAAGUCGGACGAGGCGCCAAAAAAUCCACAUUGUACCAGCACUGAAGGCAAAUGCAAUGACACAUUCUACCUCUGUAAAAACGGCAAGUGUAUCCCAGAGCACCUCAUGUGCGACAACAACAAUGACUGCGGGGACGGUUCAGACGAGCUCAACUGCUUCAUCAACGAGUGUCAGAACAAGAGGCUGAGCGGCUGCAGUCAGGAGUGCGAGGACCUAAAGAUUGGCUACAAGUGCAGAUGCCGUCCUGGUUUUUGGCUGAAGGAUGAUGGAAAAACUUGUGUCGACAUUGAUGAGUGCACCACCACGUACCCUUGCAGCCAAAGAUGUAUCAACACCAUUGGAAGCUUCCGCUGUCUGUGUGUCGAAGGCUUUGAAAUGCGAGCAAAUGACAGUACAAGCUGCAAGGUGGCCAGUUCUACUGAAUUGGAGGAGCCAGUCUUAAUUUUUGCCAACCGAUACUACUUGCGGAAACUGAGUCUGGGAGGCUCCAAUUAUACCCUACUGAAGCAGGGCCUGAACAAUGCAGUUGCACUGGAUUUUGAUUAUCGGGAACAGAUGAUUUACUGGACUGAUGUCACCACUCAGGGCAGCAUGAUUCGUCGUAUGCACAUUAACGGGAGCAACGUCCAGGUCCUUCAUCGCACUGGACUUAGUAACCCUGAUGGACUGGCUGUGGACUGGGUUGGAGGAAACCUGUAUUGGUGUGACAAAGGAAGAGACACUAUUGAGGUUUCCAAGCUGAACGGUGCUUAUCGUACUGUGCUGGUUAACUCUGGACUGAGGGAGCCUCGGGCGCUGGUGGUAGAUGUGCAACAUGGCUAUUUGUAUUGGACAGACUGGGGAGACAAUUCUUUGAUUGGUAAAAUUGGUAUGGAUGGCACCAACCGCAGUAUCAUUGUGGAAAGCAAAAUAACAUGGCCCAACGGUCUGACGCUGGAUUAUAUUAAUAGCAGAAUUUACUGGGCUGAUGCUAGAGAGGAUUACAUUCAGUUUGCUAACCUUGACGGAAGCAACCGACACACAGUGCUUAGUCAAGAUAUCCCACACAUUUUUGCCCUGACACUCUUUGAAGACUAUAUUUACUGGACUGACUGGGAAACCAAAUCAAUUAACCGUGCACACAAAACCACGGGCGCCAACAAGACCAUGCUUAUCAGCACGCUUCACCGACCCAUGGACAUACACAUCUAUCAUCUGUAUCGGCAGCCUGAUGUUCCUGAUCAUCCCUGCAAAAAUAACAAUGGUGGUUGCAGUAACCUGUGUCUUCUAGCACCUGGUGGAGGUUAUAAAUGUGCUUGUCCUUCUAACUUCUACCUUGGAGCAGACAGCAAAAACUGUGUGUCCAAUUGCACUGCUAGUCAGUUUGUCUGCAAAAAUGACAAAUGCAUCCCAUUCUGGUGGAAGUGUGACACAGAAGACGACUGCGGAGACCGUUCGGAUGAGCCUUCUGAUUGCCCUGACUUUAAGUGUCGCCCAGGGCAGUUCCAGUGCUCCACAGGAAUCUGUACUAAUCCAGCAUUCAUCUGUGAUGGGGACAAUGACUGCCAGGACAACUCGGAUGAACUCAACUGCGAUGUCCAUGUGUGCCUUCCCAGUCAAUUCAAGUGCACCAACACAAAUCGCUGCAUUCCUGGCAUAUUCCGCUGCAAUGGGCAAGAUAACUGUGGUGAUGGAGAAGAUGAAAAGGAUUGCCCUGAACUCACCUGUGCACCAAAUCAAUUCCAGUGUGCAAUUAACAAGCGAUGUAUACCCAGAGUCUGGGUGUGUGACCGAGACAAUGACUGUGUGGACGCAUCCGACGAACCGCUUAAUUGCACUCAGAUGACUUGUGGGGUGGAUGAGUUUCGGUGUAAGGACUCUGGACGAUGCAUCCCUGCACGCUGGAAAUGUGAUGGAGAAGAUGACUGCGGGGAUAGUUCAGAUGAACCUAAAGAAGAAUGCGAUGAGAGAACAUGUGAACCUUACCAGUUCCGCUGUAAGAACAACCGCUGUGUCCCCGGUCGCUGGCAGUGUGACUAUGACAAUGACUGCGGGGAUAAUUCUGAUGAAGAAACUUGCACUCCAAGGCCGUGUUCAGAAAGCGAGUUUUCUUGUGCCAAUGGGCGUUGUAUUGCUGGUCGUUGGAAGUGUGAUGGAGAUCAUGACUGCAUAGAUGGAUCGGAUGAGAAAGGUUGUCAGUUACGGUGUGAGCCUGACCAGUUCAAGUGUACAAAUGGCCACUGCAUCCCACACCGCUGGCUAUGCGAUGCUGAUGCCGACUGCAUGGAUGGAAGUGAUGAAGUGAACUGUAGCACUAGAGUAGUCCGAACCUGCCCUCUGGAUGAGUUUCAGUGUAACAACACUCUGUGCAAACCUUUGGCUUGGAGAUGUGAUGGAGAGGACGAUUGUGGGGACAACUCAGAUGAGAAACCAGAAGAAUGCUUGAUGUUCGGUUGUCCUCCGUACAGACAGUUCCGCUGCAGGAACGACCGUGUCUGUCUGAGUGUCGCCCGUGUCUGUGAUGGAAUUGAUAACUGUGGAGAUGGCACAGAUGAAGAGAACUGUGACUUGCAUAAGCCUAAGAGCUGUGACUUGAAUAAGCAAGAGUUCCAGUGUAAAAACAGCAUGUGUGUCAGUUCCAACCUUCUGUGUGACCUCUUUGAUGAUUGUGGAGAUGGUUCAGAUGAAGAAAACUGUCCUCAUAAUGCCAAAAACUAUGGCUGCCACAGCAAUAGCACCUUCUGCGGAGAGGAGAUGAAAUGUAUCCAGACACAGACCAGUGUGUACUGCACGUGUAAAGAUGGAUUCCAGAAGAUCCCAGGCAGCAAUGCAUGCAGAGAUGUGAACGAGUGUCUGAAGUUUGGUACUUGCUCUCAGAUCUGUAAUAAUACCAAAGGCUCAUAUCUGUGCAGCUGUGCAAAGAACUUCAUCAAGUCAAAUCACACCUGCAAAGCAGAUGUAGCUAAUCAAGUCCUUUAUAUUGCUGAUGAUAACGAGAUCAGAAGCCUCUACCCAUUCAAUCCCAACUCUGCAUAUGAACAAACCUUCAGAGGUGACGAAAAUGUGCGCAUUGAUGCCAUGGAUGUGUAUGUAAAGGGCAACAAGAUCUACUGGAGCAACUGGCACACUGGGAAGAUCUCUUAUAGAGAGCUUCAUACAUCCUCUUCAUCCACAAAUUCCAACCGCAAUAAACGUCAGAUUGAUGUGGGGGUGACUGACCUGGAUAUCCCAGGUCUUAAGAUGCCCAGAGGCAUUGCUAUUGACUGGGUAGCAGGAAAUAUUUACUGGACUGACUCGGGUCGUGAUGUCAUCGAGGUGGCUCAGAUGAAGGGAGAGCACAGGAAAACUUUAAUCUCUGGAAUGAUCGAUGAACCCCAUGCCAUAGUGCUGGAUCCAUUACGAGGAAUUAUGUAUUGGUCUGACUGGGGAAACCACCCAAAGAUUGAAACAGCAGCUAUGGAUGGUACUAUGAGACAAACUCUGGUGGAGGAGAACAUUCAGUGGCCUACAGGCCUGGCUGUGGAUUACUAUAAUGAGCGCCUUUAUUGGGCUGAUGCUAAGUUAUCCAUCAUCAGCAGCGUCCGACUCAAUGGAACAGAUCCGGUGGUUGUGAUUAGUAACAAAAAAGGUCUCACUCAUCCGUUCAGCAUUGAUAUAUUUGAGGAUUACAUCUAUGGCGUUACAUAUAUUAACAACCUCAUUUUCAAGGUGCACAAGUUUGGACACGGCCCAGUGACCAAUCUAACUUGGGGAAUUAACCAUGUCACUGAUGUUGUCCUGCAUCACCAAUAUAAGCAACCUGAAGUGACAAAUCCAUGCGACCGGAAGAAGUGUGAGUGGCUGUGUCUGCUGAGUCCCAGUGGCCCAGUCUGUACAUGUCCAAAUGGAAGAAGACUGGACAAUGGGACGUGUGUACCUAUUCCAUCACCCUCUCAGUCUCCUGAUGAAUCCAUUCCAGAUACUUGCAAUGUAGAGUGUUUAAAUGGAGGACAGUGCUUCCUGAAUGCUAGAAAACAAGCCAAGUGCCGCUGUUCACCAAGUUAUCAUGGAGAAAGGUGUGAAAUUGACCAGUGUAGAGAUUACUGCAAGAACCGAGGAAACUGUGCCCCAUCACACACAGGUUUGCCAACUUGUCGCUGCUCUACUGGGUUCACUGGUCCCACAUGCGAGGAGCAAGUAUGCUCUCCAGACUACUGUCAAAACAAUGCCUCUUGUACUGUCAACUUUGGCAACCAACCAAACUGCCGCUGCCUUCCUGAUUUCAUUGGAGACAAGUGUCAAUACCAAAAAUGUACUGGGUACUGUGAGAAUAAUGGAAUCUGCCAGCAGCUCACUGCAAAUGGAACCAAGCAGUGCCGCUGCCCUUAUCUGUUUGAAGGCACUCGGUGUGAGAAAAACAGAUGCGCUAGAUGCAAAGAUGGCAAAUGCAAUGUGAACGGUGGGGACGUUAUCUGCACAUGCAAGGAUGGACGCAUUGCAAAGUCUUGUAUGACAUGUGAUAAUUACUGUAAGAAUGGAGGAACAUGCACCAUCAACCGGAUCACCGAGAUGCCAGAAUGCCAAUGCACAUCAGAGAUGACUGGUCCAACAUGUGAAACGCUUGUGGGGCAAACGCAGACAUCUUCUCCAACGGCCUCAAUUAUCAUUCCAGUCGUGUUGAUACUAUUGCUUGUAAUUCUUGGAGUGGGAGUAUUCUUGUGGUAUAGGCAUCGAAUGAGUGGGGCUAAAGGUUUCCAGCAUCAACGAAUGACCAAUGGAGCCAUGAAUGUAGAAAUUGGCAAUCCAACCUACAAAAUGUACGAAGGAGAGCCAGACGAUGAUGUAGGGGAACUACUGGAUGCCGACUUCACUUUAGAUCCAGAUAAGCCUACAAACUUCACUAAUCCGGUCUAUGCCACUUUGUACAUGGGAGCUCAGAAUAGCAGAAAUUCUCUAGCAAGCACGGAUGAAAAGCGAGAGCUGCUGUCCCGCGGAGGAGAGGACGACUUCUCAGACCCUUUGGCAUAGGGUGAAAAUUUUAGUAAAAGGAGAAAAAAAAUUAAUAAAAAAAAAACGUUUUAAAAUUAUGGCGAAAACACACACACAACCUAACGGUGUAUAAAGUGUAUAAAUGAAGGACUACUUUUAUAUUGAUCUCAGUAUUAUAAAUAUAUUUUUUCCUUGCCAUUAUUUUCUGGAACCUGUCUGAAAUCCUUCACCUCCUUGCCCACGGGACUUGCCUGUAACAGGACUCUGCAAUAAACACAAGUGGCAGACCUUGUCAAGCAGAUCUAGGAGAGAUGAAGAGAGAGAAGCAAAGAAAGAUACAAGAUAGGCAGCUCGUCUUAAGAGGAAGAGGAAACAUACACACACGAGAGGGGGUGCUUUUAUUAUUUCAAGGGCUGGCCUUUUAAUCAAGACUGUUACGUUAUUUUAUCCACUUCAUAACUUGCCAGCAUGGUACAAAGUAACCGGACUGAAACGCGUCAAACGAGCUACCGGUAUUCUGUAUCCACUACUUUCUUUACCUGCUUCUUGUUUUAGCUACAGCAUACAGUACAUAAUAGGUUUAAAUCAUUUUUAUUUUUUUAAUCCUUUUAUGAAGAGUGUGAUGGUAUUUUUGUUUUGCUCGAGCCUUUUGUGGGGUUAGCGGCAUAUACUCUUCAGAUGAAUAAUUCUCUGCAGUUUGAGGUUCAGCCCCAUCACUGCCAUAGCGACUUGCAGCUGAACAGGUAAAUCAUUGGACUGGAAUUCUAGGCAUUUUGUGUGAAGACAUGAAAGGAUAGCUGCCAUAGUCAUGGUCCACCUUCCAAGAGCUGCUUCUGUAGAUUAAUAUUGUGCCUGAUUACUGGAAAGCCAAAAGAACAACCCCAGCUGGAGAAAAGACUCCCUCAACAAUGAAUGUGCUCCAGAAGAAGCUUUGUCUUGCUUCCAGUACCAUUACCUUCAUAGGGCUUUUUGUUCUGUUUUUCCCUUUUUAUUUUUGCAGCACAAUUGGUACUGCCUAGAAGUAAAGAAAAAAAAAAAAAGCGCUUGUGCUUCUUUAAUUCCUAAAAAAUAGAUGCCUGGAGAUGAAAAACAUGGCAGACAUUGAUUUUCAUAUUUUACUAUGAAAAUGUUAACUUUCUGACUAAAGAGAAGUUUUGCAAACAGUUCCCCAAAUGAUCUUUUCCUUUCCUGAAAAUAUAUACGGUAGUUUUUUUUUUUUUUACUGCACAUUCACUUGGUUAUUCCUUUCUCACCCUAAUCCCCACUAGUCUUUUUGUAAUAAAUUGUCUUUACAUACUACACUAUAGGAGGUGAGCAUAGAUGGGCUUUAGCACAAUCUCUUAAAUUAAGAAUGUUCUCCUUUUUUUUUUUUUUUCCUUUGUGGCACUGCACUUUUAAAUUGGACCUAUGUAUGAGACACAUACAGGGGCGAUGGCUAUUUUGUGGACUGGUCCAAUAUUGAGCCUAUCAGUGUAAUAGGAACUAGUAACAUUGCAGAGGGUGGUGUAGCUAGAUUUUAGUUGACUGUAGAGUGCCUUUACAUGGGUAUUAGUGCAGCCCACAGAAUGGCCACCUCCGCUGUGUGUAUGUGUUGGCUACACUUUAAGCUUAUGUAUGUUCGUAUAGCAGUUGAUCAACAUUUCCGUGCCUGGUGGCUUUGCCUUACCACGAUGAACUGACAGUGAUGGGCAGUUUUCUUUUUAUGCAGUUUGCAUCAUUCCCCCUCCCCCCCCCCCCCCCCCCCCCUCUGCUCAUGUACAAUUUAUUGUGCUUUUUUAGUUUACUAUUUUUCACGGAAGCGUAAAAUGCCUUGAAAGUAAUAGCCAGGUCAAGAUAGCUGUGUGAUUGAGUGGAAAAGUCACGGUAACUCAAGAACCACCUUGUAACUGCCACUUUUGCAGUAGAUGAUGCCAUUUCUUUUUCCUCUAGAGUUAAGAUUUUCAGGUCAGUUUGCACACAUUUGGUAGCAGCGUAAUAGCAGAAUUGAACUAUAAGCAUCUCCGAUUCCUAGUGUAUGGUCAUCAUAACCUGUAAUCCUCAUCGCCAGUUAGAAGAAAGGAUGGGGUGUCAUCUGGGUCACCAUUUACCAGUAUGACAAGGUUUCUAAAUGAGUCCUGGAGAGGCCUGGCCGUGAUCAUCUUAAAAUAUUAAUAUGCUUUUAGGAAUGUAAGAGUUAGGCAAUAACUUGAAACAUUAAUGUAAUAUCUUUAGUGUAAAUGGAUAACAGAAGAAACUUUUGAAAUUUUCGUUUGCACCUUUAAGCCCUAGGAUGACAAUUCACAUAGUGGUGGUUUUGUUCCCGCAGUAUUAGCCAAAACAGCCACUGAUGUGCAGACUACACAAUUUUUUUCUUUUUAGAAAUGUUUGUUUUGGAGAAUAUUGUUGCACUAUAUAGCCUUACUAUGUAAACUUUAUUCAUUUGUCUUGAUCAUUUCAUUGCCUCAUCCCAACGGAACUUGUUCCAUUAGGCCAAAUCACAUUCCAUAGAUUGCUCAAAUAUUGCCAGAACACCCUUCUAACAAGUCUCCUCUGCUAAAAGGGCCUUGUAAGGUGUACUAUAGCUUUGAUUUGUUUUCUUUUUUUAACAGUACAUCAUCCUUCUCUCGCACACUCUUUCUGGUUUCAUCUUCUCAGAUAUGAUAAUGGUACAUUAUGUUAACAUGCAGUAUUUUUAUUUGUUAAAUCUGAAAAGCACUCAUUUCAAGAGGUUUUAUCGGGCUGAAUUGAGGGAGGCAGGGUUACAAAAAGAGUUUUAAUAAUUUUUGCUGGAUUACUUUACAACUUAAAUAACACAGAAUAUUGUUAUAAAUAAAAUUGAAAAUUAUACCUAA